AAAUAGCGCACACAACUGUACAUCACAUUCGCAAAGACCUCCGUUCGCUGACUCCAGAAUUAGAUAUCCACGGUACAGCGCGCCCAGCAAUCAACUGCCUACGUAGCCAUGGCAACGGGAGGACACUGCUCAUAAGUCUGGGUAAUCGACGUUGGGAAAGGAACAGCCCGUGUACGUGCUGCGAACGUAAGUGCGGCUCCACCAUUCGCCUCUGCGUGUUUGUACGUGGAUAUGUGAAGUGCCCUUGCAACAUCGUCCAUAACACCAUUCUCAAUAACGAGGUACUCCAGAUCAUCACUCAUCAUGCAUCAGGACAUCCGGUAAUGAACUUCUUUGUUGUAAACAAGCCGCCCAGAGUAUCCAUGAGGAAUAAUGGGGGAGAGCAGAGAGGAGUACAACCAAAUUCUGUACGGUAACUCCAUAGUGUGGAUCAUUGUGAUUCCCGCUAUCGCCUUUGAGAAUGUGGUCUGCCUUCUGGCCAUCUCAACGCGCAAGCGCUGGAAGAGUCCCGAUGUCUUGCUCUUCUCGUUGAUUUUGGCGCAUUUCUUGACCCUGGUGCUGCCCAUGCUGCUGUACGCCGCCGUGCUCAUCAGUAAGUCCGAGUGGGUAGAGAGUGCCUGCAAGUUCCUGGUCUGGUGCUUCAUGAGCUUCACGAUCGUCAACUCGCUUCAGAUCAGCUUCCUGUCCAUGGACCGCGUCUGGACGCUCAAAUGGCCCAGCUCCUACCGGAUACACAACACGGCCAAACAGAGCAUGCGCACUGUGUCCUUCAUUUGGAUCUUUGGCCUGUCCAUCGGCUGCAUCCCCCUCCUGGGCUGGCCGGAUGACCCCAGUGUGACAUCGCUCUGCAGUGUCAUUCUCAACAUUGGCGGAUACGGCUACGCGCUGUGCAUUGUGGUUAUCAUUCUGGGCAGCUUCGUCGUCAGCUCCGCCUGUGUGGCCACCAUCCUCCUCCACCUCACCUUCCAGAAGCAGACGGUUGAGGGCGCCCCAGCCCCGGAAUUCAAACAGCCGAUUCCUGAGAUCGUCAUCGAGAGCGAGACCGGUGAAAGGACGUCAGCAGUUCAAGGGUCACGCGAGACGCAAAACCGGCAAAUCUGCCUGCUGGUAUCCGCCUUGGUGGUCGUGGAAUUUUUCACAAACGGCAUUCCAUUCGUGGUGAUUAACAUAAUGGCCCUGCAGAACAACUCCCAAAUGGCAUGGAUGCCAGCCACUGUUGUGUGGAGCGCCCUCUGUGUCACGCUGAUCAAUCCGGUCCUACUGUGCGUCAUCUGCCAGAGAUAUAGGCGGAGUUACGUGAAACUUGGCAUGUGUCUCGGCGAGGCCUGCGGCUGCGCGGACAGCAGUGUCCAAGACACUACAGUCGGCGGUAUUCAACGGCAAGAGACCAUCGAUUCCUUGGACAACUUCUCGGACGCCGAUGACGAACUGGGCAAAGCGGCCUCCUCCAAUUUUGGCGACUUGUCCUUCUCCAUUGACAUGGACGACGAGCAGGCCUUGGAAUACGGCAUCACGGCCUCUAUGGAACAGGACAUCCGAAGUCUGGAGAUGGCCGGAAUUCUCUGCCAGGACUCCAUUGACUUCGACAACGAGGCCUACAUCCAGGACGAAAGCAUAAAAAAGGCGUUGUCGUCCAAAGAGAGACGGGCCCUGUGGCUGGCCCAGAAGGCUUGCCGACGGAACAACCCGGACGCCCACCCUCAGGGAAACUCCGAAGAUGCCCUUCCAAAGGAGAACCCUCAGUUCCUGUCCGUAGACAGGGCCGACAGCCUCAGGAACCACCACCGGAAACUGGAACGGAACUUCAGGCCAAGGGAUUCAGGACAAGGUGGUGCGGCGCGAACCGGCAAACCAUCGAACGGCGAGGACACAGGACAGACCAUGCACACGGUAAAAGUUGAGAUAGAAAAUGGUGGAUUGAAUGUCACCAAAGCGGACGGGGGCAAAGGAGACGGGGCCAAAAAGACCACUGAGAGGUCGAAGCGCUCUAGCAAAAAGCAGAAAUCGGUUGAGGUGAGAGAGAAAGAUGAGGCGAGGGAGAAGCGCCUGAGGAACGGUGGUCUUCUUGGGUCGAAGAGCUGCGAUGUUGCCCUCUCGACAGGCACUCGAAAGACAAAGAAGAAACGUCGCAGCUCAGUUCCACAGGAAAAGGAAGAGACCGCGUAUAGCGUGAAGCUGUCACCGGUGAAAGGUCUAGGCGAGGGUCCCAGCCUGCGAUCGAACCGAUUUGAUAUCGUCAGGGAAAGGAUGUUGUCUGAAAUGUCGAGUCUUCACGGCUCGGGGGAGCUCUACGACAUUCCGGAAGAGGACGGAGAAGAUGUCCAGGAGACCAGUUUCGCUCCAGAGCAUGGCAAGCCGACGGAUCAACUCCCAGAGGAGCUCAUUCCGGACAAUACCUUCGAACAAAGCUCUUUCACGCCCACCAAGACCCCGAAGUCCAGCAAGAAACACAAGAAGAAGUCAAAGGACAAGCGAUACUCCAGGAAAAGCUUUGAGAAGAGCACCAGCAUCGAUCUUGAGGACAAUCCUCUGACUCAGGAAGAGGAGUGGCUGAAGAAAGCGAUUGAGAGGGAGGAGUCAUCCGGCCGCUUUGCCUUUGAGAAUCUGUCAAGUGAUACGGACACGACAGAUGGUGCAAACUCGGAGUACAGUGGUUACAUCUCCUCUCGCACCAGCAGCGUAGUGUCCAAAAUGUCUACCUUUCCGUCUAUUGACGCCUCGGUGGAAUAUGACAUGGACAUGAUUGUCAUCGAGCAGGUCAACCCCGACCGAGAAGCUCCUUGCACGGAUGAGGACGAUCAACCCUGCGCUUGCAAGGCGAGGGUGGACGUCGCUGAAGACGAAGUCACGCAGGAUGACGAGCCUCUUGCGAGUACCGAAGGAGCUACCAUGCAAUGCGAGACUCUGCCCAUGCACGAGACCUCGCAAGACCAUGCGAGCCCUGAUGACGGCACAGGAAAGGGCUCGUCGCCGAUCUCGCAAGAUUCGAAGGACAGUGGUGAAACCGAAAGCAUGACAAAAAAAGACGCAGUGGACCUUAUCAAGACAGGUUUGACCGGUCACCUUAGCGGGGAGAGUGACCCAUGGGCGAACCACACCGGGCGGCCCCGGGCCUACUCAGCAGGCGCCGGCCGGGCAUCCACCGCAAAGGACAUGCGAGAGAAAUACAAGAGGUCCCGGUCGGAGCGAAUCAUGCUGGAGCCCAUCAACUCAGACUCGUCGCAGGAGGUUUUAUACUUGUAACAUUAAGCCUUUAAAAAUGAAACUCUUGAAAUAUUUUUAUAAUGCACUUUAUCGCGAUUUGCAACAAAAUUGAUAUGAACAAAUAUUCAUCCAGGCAUUUUUCUUGAUUAAGCAUACUUUUUAUAAAUGCGUAAAAUUGACCAAUUUAAAUUUCUUUUUGUUCUGACAUUUUUGUACGAGAUAUAUCACGAUUUAAAUAAUUAUUAUUCUAAUAUGAGGGUAAUAUAAACAUUUAAGAGGCGUCUUUUGGGACAAUUUUAUUGGCGACGUGCGGAACCCAUUCACUCCGCAACGCAGAAUGACGGAUUUUAUCGAAAUAUUUGUGAGGUAUUGUUCUGUAAUCAUCUUACGUUUUGCACGAUUGUUCAGAAAUCUCCAACUUUUUGAAAUGAUGUGAUGAAAAAGGCUUUACUAUACUGUUUACUCGAUCUUGCGAUCGCCAAAUUUCUACAGGCUGUUGAUGUCAAAAUGUGCGCAAGAUAUGUGAGCCCAUUAAGAUAUUCAUGUUUGACUAAAAACAAAUAUGAAAUUAUAUACGGUCUUUCCCACUGUAGGACAUUUACAGAUAUUUUUAACAUUAAAAAAGUCGACAAGUGUCGCGCGAGGUGAGUAUCUCUCCUGUCGUGAUGAAAUGAAAAUCAACAAAUUAUCAAAGCGAUCUGUCGACUACUGUCAGUUUAAAAAAACAGUAAUACACCGGUGCGUCAACUACUAAAGUGUAAACAUGAUGUUUAAAAUGUUACUGAAUUGUGUGCGUUUAUGUAUGGCUAGAAAGCUGCGCUGAUAUUUGCUCAAAUAGCACAAGCUAGUGUGUCAAAUGCUUGAACUAUUUAUACGAUUACACUCGGGGCUUUAAAAAUAAAUACAUUUUACUUCUAUGAGAAAACAGCUCAUUGCAGCGCCACCUUCAUGUUUUCCCCCUUUUGAACGUAAAACAAAAAUACAUAUUCGAUGAUUACAUUGUAAAAUUCAUUGCCUUUUCGCCCAGUCUUGCCUACGUCUCCGUGCAAUAUGUUUUCGAAAACAAGUUCUGUAUGUUUUCUUCUUUUUAUUUACUUUCCCAUUUUUCCAUUUUAAUCUAAAUGUAUGCCUUCUCCAGUUUUCUCUUUUGUCGAGCCGAUUCUUUCUGAUCUUUUAAAAAUGGAAAUUCUAAAAUUGGUUUUUCUGUGGAGAAUAUGCCCGGUUGCAGAAGCAAACGCACCGAGUACAUUUGUGUGUGUUUUCUAUCAAUUUAAACUUUGCAUGGGAGAUUGCCUAUUUAUGACUUUACCGAAUUGUUAUGCAGGCCAUAGAGAUCAAUACCAAAAGCAUACUAUGUUGGUCCAACGUCGUUCCCUUGGUGUUGAGCAGUACGCUCCCACCACUACCUGCCUCUUCACCCUGGUAUUGGAUCGUUUGCAUAUCCGUUCUUAAGCUCUUGCAUUAGCUUCUACAUGUCACUUAGUGGUCGGUCGGUCGGUCGGUCGGUCUGUCUGUCCAAAAAAAUUGACCAAAAAUAUUUAACUAAAUAUUGACCAAAUGCCAUGACGUGGUCUAAAAUGCACUCUUGCCGAAAGUUUUCGGAAGACUAGCUUUGUUUCAGUCGAUGCGCAUGCGCGUCUAUUUUGCAUAUGAAGUGAAACAUUCCCAAACCGGGCCAGAGCUAACUGUGCACUUGCGCUUGCUUUUAUACCAGCGUUUGCUUUUGUAUGCGUUGUCUGGGGUAAAACAAAAUUAAUUCGUCGUAACAUGAGUUACAAAAACACUGGAUUAUUUUCCAAAUUGAAUAGUUUACAAUCUAAUUUCACAUUUCAUAUAAAUAUAAGCGAAAUGGGGGAACAAAUUAAUGAUUGUUAGUGAAAAGGUUGAGUGGAUGUAAUAACUCACAACAAAAUUGUGUUAAAAUACGCAAUAAACGUUGACCAAGAAAACAAGUACACGGGAUAAAUCCACUACUGUAUCAAAUCAGGAUACAGGAAGCUUCCCCUCCAGAGGCUGUUGGAAACGAGGUUGAAUAUAGCGUAACCCCUGGGGACGGGGUUGUACGUUGGUCAGUUUGAUUGUAAUCAUCGUUGUCACAAUACUUUUAGACUGAUCCAACUCGAGUACCCUGCACACUCCAAGCUAUAAAUCAACAACUAUACCCUCACGGGAAAUGCAGGAUUUCAGCUUGAACAAACAAGCCUUGGACUUGGAAUUGGAUGCGGGAUCCACUGUGGUGAUUUCUUUUGUGUCCGCAAUCCCUGAGGUGCUUAACAGUACAGAGCUAUGGGGAAACGGAGUUGACAAAUGCCUUUUUCUGUUUGUACGGCAGAGCCUAUUAAUAUGAAAUCAGCAGAUCACGGUCGUCGACAUGCAUGUAGUUCAAUUUUUGAACAACGUUUCCCGGUCUAAUAUGCUACAUCUUAUUAUUGUUCCCGU